AUGGCUUCUGAAUCCGGCGAUUCCUUCUACGCUAGUGAAUCCUCUAGCACCUCUCAAGCAGAGGAUUCUAUUAUUAAUUCCUCUCAGAUAUCAAUUAAUAUUAAUAUUACUUCUAAUGAGUUUAAUUCUUUAUUAUCUUAUUUAAAUAACUCUAGUCCUACUGUUAAUUAUAGAGGCUUAACUGAAAACUUAGGCUUUGAAUACUUAAAUAGUGCACAUACUGGCUUAUAUAUACAAGAAGUCUUUGAAGAAAAUAAAUUAUCUUAUAAAGAUCAAGAAAAAGUAUUAAAAAAUAACUAUAGUAAUAUUGGAAAGCUGAAAAGAUUAGGUAAAGAAUUCCCUGUUAAUAGUUAUAAAACAAAAAUACCCCUCUUUACUAAUCUUUCUCUAGCCCUAUAUACUUCUAAAGAAAACCAAGUAGAUGAAGAAUUCUACUAA